AUGUCCGACCUUCAGGACCCCAAUUUGAACAGCAACCCCCCUUUGCUUUGCGCCUAUGGCGACACGGUUGCCAAAUGGUAUGAACUUUUGCGAAGAGAGCUGGUCGUGGCUCAGUUUCUUCGCAUGAAGAUCCUCCACUGGCGCCUCCACACGAUAAUUCAUACAAUCUUUCAAGGGGUCGAUGAACAAGACACCCAGGGUGGCAAGGAGGCAGAACGCGGCGGCAAUGAUGAAGAUGAGCCUGACAGUGUGGACGAACGCUUGCCUAAAGUCGGCCAACCCUACGCCGAUGAUAGUCGGCGUUACACCAGAACCGCCGUAAACGCCGCCGGAUCCUGGGCGUUAAGGCCCGCCUCAGCGAGACCAGCAUCUCCCAUGACCUCUGGCCCCGAGUCUGGCCCCGAGUCAGCGACAUCUGCGCAGAAAGCCAGCGGAUCCUCCUCUAUCGCACGCGCCGGCUCGCCUCCUGGCGGUCCUCGAUCUGCUAUCCGUCGUCGUGCAGCCGCCGAUCACAAGGAAUCCGUCAAGAAUGCCAGACCAACCUCCACACGUGCCGCAGGGGCGGGUGGCUCGUCAGGGACAAUGUUGAGAUUAUACACCGAUGAGAGCCCUGGGCUGAAGGUCGAUCCAAUGGUGGUCAUGUUCUUGAGCUUGGGCUUUAUUUUCAGCGUUGUGGCAUUGCACCUCAUUGCAAAGGUCACCAAGCGAUUCUCAUGA